AUGCCGAUCACGAAGAAGCGCAAGGUUGCUCGCGGGGUGCCCGCGCCUGCAGAGGACAGCGAUGCUCAUUCUUCGGGCUCAGAAUCUCCCCAGGCCGAGAAGCCCAGCAAAGAAGUCGACGACUCUUCUAAUGGUGAAAAUGAAGCCGCCGCCGACAAGACCUCCGCACCGUCAUUUAAAGAACUCGGCCUGAUCGAUUCGCUUGUGGAAGCCUGUACGACUCUGGGCUACACCGCACCGACUCCCAUCCAAGUCGAAUCCAUCCCUAUCGCUCUUAAGGGCCGUGAUGUUAUCGGUCUGGCUGAGACAGGUAGUGGAAAAACUGCCGCUUUCGCCCUCCCAAUCUUGCAAGCUCUCAUGGACAAGCCCCAGGCUUUCUUUGGUCUUGUCCUCGCCCCGACUCGCGAACUUGCCUACCAGAUUUCGCAAUCGUUUGAGCUUCUUGGCUCCACUAUCAAUGUCCGAUGCUGCACAUUAGUCGGAGGAAUGGAUAUGGUCCCGCAAUCUAUCGCACUCGGCAAGAAGCCCCAUAUCAUCGUCGCUACCCCGGGUCGUCUCCUGGAUCAUCUUGAGAACACGAAGGGAUUCAGUCUCAGAGCAUUGCGCUACCUGGUGAUGGACGAGGCCGAUAGAUUGCUGGAUCUUGAUUUCGGCCCAAUUCUCGACAAGAUUCUCAAGGUUAUCCCUCGCGAACGCCGUACCCUCUUGUUUUCGGCCACUCUGAGCAGCAAAGUCGAAAGUCUCCAAAGAGCAUCCCUGCAAGAUCCCCUCCGAGUUUCGGUCUCCAGCAAAUAUCAAACUGUCUCGACCCUCCAACAAUACUUUAUGCUCCGGCCACACAAGUUCAAGGAUCUCUACUUGAUCUGGCUUCUUAACGAGCACGCCGGAAAGUCAAGCAUUAUUUUCACAAGGACAGUCCACGAGACUCAGCGUGUCGCCUUCCUCCUCCGCGCCCUCGGCUUCGGCGCCAUCCCUAUCCACGGACAGCUUUCUCAGAGCGCACGUCUUGGUGCCCUAGGGAAGUUCAGGAGUCGCAGCAGAAACAUCCUGGUCGCAACAGAUGUUGCGGCCCGUGGUCUGGAUAUCCCGUCCGUUGACAUUGUCCUCAAUUUCGAUCUCCCCACAGACUCAAAGACAUAUAUCCACCGAGUCGGCCGUACAGCUCGUGCUGGAAAGGCUGGUAUUGCUAUCUCAUUCGUCACCCAGUAUGACGUUGAAAUUUGGCAGAGAGUCGAGGGCGCUCUUGGAAAGCAACUCCCUGAAUACGAUGCGCCAAAGGAUGAGGUCAUGGUUCUCCAGGAGAGGGUUGGCGAGGCUCAGCGGUAUGCCAUCAUGGAGAUGAAGGCCCUGGAUGAGAAGAAGGGUUCCAGAGGCAACAAGUUUGGCAAAGGCAAGCGCUCGCGUGACACGAUGGAUCAAGAGGAGGGUUGA